AUGGCUCGCGGCGACCGUGUGUCUCGUACCGGUCGCGGCGGCCCUGCGCCUCGUGGCAAUCGCGGUGGCCAUGCGUCUACAAGCGGUCCAAAUGUCCAGGCGUUUCAAGGAGGGCGCGGCGGCCUGGCGUCUCAUAGCGAUCAAGGCAGUGUCUCUCGGCGCGAUGACCAAGCCAGCCCUCCCCUCAUUGGCAACCAGCCUCCUCCUCCCCGUGACCCCAGCCAGCCGCAUCGCCCUAACGGCAGCCAGCCUCCUCCCCCUGACGACCGCCAACAGACUGCAGAGGCACGGUGGUUCCAAUGGCGCGACAAGCACCUCAAUCUCGUCCACACAACCGAUCGCCAAACCCACAGUGCAGCUUUUGUGGUUUUGGUCAAUGAUGACCCCAAUGUCUCCCUCCUCCUGUUCGAGAAAAACGAGACCAGUCCGGGAUGGGAAAUGUUUGGUGGCAAAAAGCGUCUGCUGAUUGUUCCGAGAAGACGGGAGGAUCCGAGCCGAACAGCUGCGCGCGAGUUUGGCGAAGAAGCCGGCGCUGCCCUACGCCUCAUCAAGCAUGAGGAUCUAUAUGAUCUAGAGAAGGAGAUACACCAACAUCUCGUGCCUAAACGCUCAAUGCUCGUCGUUGAAGGCACAGGGGUGCUCUACGUUGUUCGUGCGCCGACACUUUUUGACAAACUUGUUCAAGCUUCUGGCAACCACGCCCCCGCCGCGCGAGUUGUUCCAUACAACUCGAUACUGGCGAACGAUCGCAACUCCCAGGAAACUCGUUCGCGGAUCAAGGACUGGUUCGUAACAGCUUACAAGCGACUAUCCGGCCCUUGGCUGUACGACGCCGUGUACCACGAUAAACUUAUUCCUCUCGACGAUGCUGACGUAGCCCAAGCGGCAGCUGCCACCCUCGCAGCAGGAUGA